ACGUCGGAUUUGAACGUGGUCGCGGCAGCCAGAAGUUGCACUGCAGAUAGAAAAGUUUCUCGCUGUUUGGUCGUGUUUUGUCGGUCAAAAUCGAAGUUUCCCAAAAGCCAGUAACUUUUUUGUCAGUCUGUGUUAUUGAAUGGCAUUUGAUUUCAAUUUGUCGCGAUUGUCUAAACGAUUAUUUCAUCGUUAUACUUCAUGACUGCGAUGACCUGCAAACUGAAUGGCUUGUUCAGCAUUGGCGAGGAUUUUGAUGAUGAGGACCUGCUCGGGACAGACUGGACCCCCUGCUCAGCCUCUGGACCAGCCAAAGUGGCAGCUGCUGUGUCCUCCUGCGCUCUGCGGGCCUCCUCUGUGGCUCACAGAGAGCAGGAGAAUAUUGGCCAUCAGCGAACCGAGGAGGAAUUGGCAGCCGUGCGUAAUGGCACGGCUUCAGGGAGCGGCGUGCGCGGGGCUGCUGGACAAACUGUUGCUCUGGGUUUGAGACGGCUCUCCUCUUCGCCUCCUCUGCCUCCGCCGAACAACUCUCAGCCAAAUUUGGCACAGCAACAGAGCCGUGUUAACACUAUGGGGCUGAUGAACUCCUGCGUGGCUCAGGAUGAGUUUGAUGAUUGGGAUGUUGACCUGGCAGAUUUGGACGAGUGCGACAGCCAAAUGGGGCAACUGCAGAAACCCGCUGCCUCUGCUCCACCUGCACCAGCAGCUGAGCCUCCAUCUUCAGCCAAAACACUGCGACCCUCAGCUUAUGGAGGAAGUCAUUCAGCUCCUAAUCAGACCCUUGGGGGGCUCAGAACUCUCCGAACUGCAUGCAACCCUUCUGGCACAUCUGGUUAUAGCGCGGCUCUUCAGAGCCCCCCUGUUGCACCUCGACAGUCUUUAAAUCCCCGUCCUGCUUCGACCUCAUGUCCACAGACUCCUAAUUUUCCCAGCUUUGCUGCUUCCUCUCCGGCCCCCUGCAGCUCCUCCAGCACCGUACACAAUCCCCCGCAGCCACACAAGCAGCGGCUGACUCCUCGAGCCUCCCAUCAGGCUCGUGGACUUUUUGAAACGGUCUCCCCGGCUGCCUCUCCGUCGGCGAACACCUCCCCUCUGAGCCCUCAUCCCCUGCACACGCCGGUCCUCACCAACCYUCUGGUUCAGCUGGUGUCCGCCUCCAACAAACUCCCCAAAAAGAGGCCUCGCUCUGAGGCUCACCAUCCCAGGACGAGACGCUUCCCCGGCCCCGCAGGACUCCUGCCGCAGCAGCCUCAGGGCCAGAACCUGGAUGAGAUAGUGGUUUCUGUUCCUCAGACUCCGGCUCACGGGGCUGUGGCUCGACUACCAAGUCAGGGUUCCAGCUCGCAGACGGAGGAAGAGGAGUUCAGCGGCGGCGGCUGGGCGGCGAUGAAGGCCGAGAUGGGCCUCGACGAGCGGAAUCCCUCGUGCUUCCUGCACUCCUACAGCGUGGUCAUGGUGCUCCGCAGGGCUGCUCUGAAACAGCUGCCCAGGAACAAAGUGCCCAACAUGGCCGUGCUGCUGAAGAGCAUCGUCCACACCAACGCUGACGCCAAAGCUGUGUUUAAAGACCCAACAGGGGAGAUUCAGGGGACGGUGCAUCGGCGUCUGGUGGAGGAACGAGCGGAGGAGCUGAAGGUCGGCGCCGUGCUGCUGCUGAAGCAGGUGGGCGUGUUCUCUCCCUCCCACCGGAACCACUACCUGAACGUGACGCCCAACAACCUGCUGAGGCUCUACGCUCCCGACGGUGCCCGCCUGUCCUCCACUCAGCUCCCUCCUCUCGUCCUGGAGCCGAUGACGUCAUCUCCCACUCGAGAGCCCGGCGUCCUCCGGGGGCCCGUGUCUGUGAUGCAGCUGGAGUUCGACGAAGAGGACGACGAGGGGAAAGAGGAGCCYGCCAAAGUCCCUCGGGAGCAAACGCACGCCGAGGAAAACGAAUCGGUUCGCUCCAGCAGAGCACCCCCGACGAGCGCUGAGAAUCCAGCUCCACAGGACCCAGACUGGGAUGCAGAUAACCUGGACGAGCUGCUGGGAGAGUUACCUGAGGACUCCUACAGCCUCUGACAUCACCUUUACAUAAACCUGUAUAAAACAUGCACAAUAUAUGUUAAAGUACACUUUGUUAGAAAGUAUUCAGCUGUGAUACAUUUAGUUUGUUGAGAAUGUUUCUGUUUGUUGAAUUUGCUGCUCUGAACGUGAUCUGCACAGAACUGAUUUGUAAAUUAUGCAACAUUAAAGCAAGGCGAGGCUUC